CGGAUAAGGUUUCGAGCAUUUUAUUGUGAGGUUAUAUUUUGCGACACACGAUAUUACUAACACACGGCGUCAUCAACUAUUUCUACCGAGGACACGCGACACAUGCACACAGGUUAUAUUGGAGGAAAAACGUGUGAACGUUAUGGAGAACGAAAAGGAAAUGAUAGAUGAAAUUGAAGAAACGAAAUUAGAAGAAAAUUGUGUUAAUUCUGAGAAAGAUAGUAAGAUUACCUGCAAAGAAAACCUAACCCCGUAUUUCAAAGCUUGGGAUCAUAGUAUCAAUAGAGUUCACUUGUCAGAUGUACCACAAAUAUGUCGGGAUGAACCAUGUCAACUUGGUAUCGAUGAGGCUGGACGUGGGCCAGUCUUGGGACCCAUGGUUUAUGGGAUUGCCUAUGCACCUUUAUCAGAAAAGCAGCUUCUUGUGGAUCUAGGUUGCGCAGACUCCAAGAGUUUGACGGAAGAACAGAGGGACGCAAUUUUCAACAAGAUUUGUAAGCAGCACAAGACGAUAGGUUGGGCUGUGGAUGUCAUAUCCCCUAAUAUUAUCGCGAAUAACAUGUACCGUCGUGUUAAGACCUCUCUGAACGAAGUUUCUAUGAAUUCCGCGAUUGAACUAGCCAAACUGGUGAUUGAAGCUGGUGCAAACAUCACAGAAAUCUAUGUAGAUACCGUAGGCGUACCGCAGAAGUACCAGGCCAGGUUGGAACAGAUUUUCCCGGAUAUAAAGAUAACUGUCGCAAAGAAGGCUGACUCAACGUAUCCUAUCGUCAGUGCUGCCAGUAUUUGCGCUAAAGUUUUACGCGAUCAUGCUUUGAAAGCUUGGCAAUUUCGCGAAGAGUUGAUAACAACCGAGUACGGAAGCGGAUAUCCGAAUGAUCCAGAUACUAAAAAGUGGUUGUCCGAGAAUGUAGAUCCAGUAUUUGGAUUUCCGCAUAUUGUUAGGUUCAGCUGGUCUACUGCUGAAAAGAUUCUGGAGUCAAAGGCCCUGUCUGUUGAAUGGGAAGAAGUGGAAGACACAGGGAAUCCUGGGGAACAAAAGAUUUCCAAAUUCUUCGUCAAGUCGCCGGUUAAGUCUUGCAAGCCACAGAGCAAGCGACAUCAGUUUUUCACCGAAAGAUGUCUUUCCAGUACUUCCAAAUUAUGAUCUUCUCUGUUUACAAUACGAAUAGUACAUAGACACGCAAACAUAGUAUCUUAUAAUUAAAAAGUUAUUCUUGGAUAAAACUAAGACUUAUGUCUGAUCAUUGACGUAAACGCCGCUUUAUUUAUCAGAACGUUAAGUUAGAGAUAAAAGUCGGUUCAAUUUAUGUACAUAUGUACAAAGUGCUCUUACAGUAAAAUACGAUAUGCAGGUAGUGGUUUCUUUUUAUACCACCCCGUGUAUUUCACUUGUAAUUAACAAUUAGGAAUGUUAUUUAGCGCAAAAUGUUCUUUGGUAAAACACACUCUACAUUCACGCGCAUACACACGGCUCACAAUAACUUCUAGGGUAACAUAUCUCUGUUGAUUAAUAGCGACUAGAUUGAUAAAAGCUACGACGAAAGAGAACACUCUCACCGGGGCUAAAAUCUUUGCUUGUUCUCUCGCGUGACUGGACGAUAGAAACACUCGUGUACAAUUAGAAUAUAAAUAUACUCGGCGUUCGUUCGCUCGUUCGUUCAUUCAUUCAUUCAUUCAUUCCGGUUGAUUAUUAAUCGUCCGUUUACGCUUGCGAUUUUUUUUUAAUAGUAAGAGACGAAGGAGAGGAAAAGAAGUACGUAAGGGCUGCAAUUUCGCACUCUCGAGAGUUUGAAGAUGCUGAGAUGAACGUAGAUUUGUAAACUCUGCUCUCUGUAUUGUAUCAACGAUUGAAUAGCUUCUUUAAGUAACCAUGAUCAUGUUUUCUUUAACGAGACUAUACAUCUCUUUGCAUCUUGCUUGAGAAUCUGGGAUUUAACACUAUGACGCCGCAUACACGACACUAGCUCCGCCAUAUGAGCGUUAACUUUGUGUUAUUUUUUAAAUUCCAUUAACAUCAUACAAGGUCUAAUUACUUUUAUUACGUUUCAUUACUUUUAUAUUGACAAUCAAUUUUAUAUUAUUGUCGAAAUUAAAAAUGCAAUCGGACACGAAUUUUUGUGUAUUUGUAGUGGUCAUCUUGCAUUUUGGGUUAGAUAACUAAUGUAAUUAUCUAUUUAUUACUUUACUCUUUUUGUUUUUUAUAUAUUUAAAGUUACUAAAUUUUUCUACAAGUACAAAAAAACCAUUGUUCGUCAAUUUUGAAAUUAGCCUUUCGUUAUAGUGUUAAAAACGACUAUAAGCUAUAAGAAAACGAAACAUGGAAAGUAUAAAAAAUCCGUGCAAGAUGCAGGGAGAUUUACACAUCCGAUUCAGUAAGUACGAAUUUACGCGUCCACCCAUUUUCUAAUCUCUAACAUACUGAUGUAUAUCUCUGUUAAGUAUAUUCUCUCGCCUAUAUCGUUGCUAACUUCACUAACUGCGAUUAUAAAAAAUAGAAACAACACGGAUAAUUUAGUACACCAGUGGUCUCCAUAACACUUGUUUUUGGAGGCCUGAAAAG